GUUUUUAUAGACCAUAUUGAACUGGAAGAUGUGCAGUCUUACAUUCAGAAGAUCCAGUAGAUGUCAUUCUAUAAUGUCUCUUGUUUUACAUAUAUGAAUAUCUGAGGGAUCAAGUUGCCUUUCAUUCCACUUUGACUUUAUAUGACAGAAUGUCAGUAUUUAGUGUUAUUUAAUGCAGUCCCGAUGAGAGGCGAAUGCUCUUUGGCAAUACAGUUCAUUAUAUUUUAUGUGCCUCGUUUUAAAAUAACGAUCGUUAUUAUUAUGUAAUGUCGCCCCCACCCCCUCCGCCCCAAUCUGACGUUUGUUUUGCAGACUGUUUUGAAUGCAAGUCUGUUUUAAAAAGCUAUAGUAGUGCUUGAGAGUUCAGUAUUGAAUCACUUUGUACAGUGUUGUCAUUUUAAGUGCGGUGUACAGUUGUACCAUAAAAACAAUUUCACGCAAAUACUCAGAAUUUGCACACAAGUGAUGAUGACGUGAUUUACUUGUAAGGAACCAACAGUGUAUGUCCGUAAGAAUGAACAGUACGGUAUGUGAUGUCUUUGAAUAUGCCAAUGACGGUAAGUGUAAUUUACCUUUAUUUCAUUGCUUAACAGAAAAUGCUAUGCCGAAUUAACUUUGUCAGAAACAAGGCCAUAAACAUCGUGUUAUUAUUACAGAACUGCAGUGUGAACGUUUCUGUUGUCACCCAAAUGAUUUUCUAACGACGGCCUGCCGUUGUCGCCUCCGUGCGGUCUUCGGGAGAAUCGAUGGAAUUUAACAAGGCAAUGUUUUUCUCGCAUCAGAGACUGAGAGACUGGGGAUGACAAGACGUCGGGUCAGACCUGCUUAUUCAAGCCGUGUCAAUUGACGGUUGAUGUGGUGAAACAGAAUGCGGCAACCCGGCAGAAGAAUUGGGCUCAAUCUGUGUGGAGGAAAUGAGUAUUAACCUUCGGCGUCGCUUGUUUCUCUUCAUGGAGUCAUCGGGUCGGAGUUUGAGGUCUCUAACUGCUUCCCGUGGAUUAACGCAAAGAUCGACUUCACUGUAAUCUAAAUGUUAAAGUGAGAAUUUGUGGACUGUACCCCCGCUUCAAGUGCGUACAGUUGCGUGCGUAGACGAGUUUUUGCUUCCUUCGUGGUCAGAGAAACUCGACACUGAGUGAGUCUGGAUAAGACCAGCGGACACUUGUUGAAAUACAAUUUAGCGAGAAAAGCUUGGCUCCAUUGCUUGGGAACUGAGCUAACGUUGUUAGCAAGGUGUUUGCUAACGGGGCACUCUACUUUCUUUAGUAGAAGAACUAAAGAUCUUGAGCGAGGCUUGCACACAUACAUGUCUGCCAACUAUUUGCCGAAGUAUUGUCUCGACAAGUUGGCAAAGUUCUUUGGUGCAAGAUGGUCCGGACGGAUUUGACACCAGUUUAGCUAACCUAGCGACUAGCUGCAGCGCUUUUUCAAUCCGUUCACCUCCAUAUUAUGUUGUUAGCUUUGACAGCUACGUAAACGUCAAACUCCUCCAAGUGGCCGCUGACAAUGUGUCAAUAUGAAGUUCUGUUGUGUCAUUAACUUGGUUUUAUCGAAAUAUCCCUGUCAGAAUUUUUUUUUCAGUGAAAGUCAUCGACAUUGACUUGCAAACACUUAAUAUUUGCGAACACGCCAUAUAGAAAUUUAUUUAACCAUUUCUCCAUUAUUCAAACGUUGAUCCACAAGUAAUGUGUGCUCUUUUUAAAUGCAGACAUAUAUAUAUAUUUUUACUUUAUCCAAUGGAGUGCCCACUGAGAAACCUUGAAAAAUAGAUUCGAAGCACCGCUGCCGACUUCUCUCCCCAAGAAUCUGAAGUUGUAGAACAAUGUCCGGCUCUCCGGGCACAGGGGGCUCGAACCCCAGGAAGUUCAGUGAAAAGAUUGCCCUGCAUAACCAGAAGCAAGCAGAGGAGACGCGAGCCUUCGAGCAGCUGAUGACGGACCUCACGGUCUCAAGGGUGCAGUUCCAGAAGAUUCAGCAGCUUCGUUUGUCUCAAUCACGACCACAGUACUAUGGCGGCUCUUUGCCCAAUGUCAAUCAGAUUGGGAAUACAAGCUCUGAAUUUCAGGGAGGCUUUCCAUCAGCGUUGGAUUCUGUAAGAGGUACUCGCCACCACGGAUUAGUUGAGAGGGUCCACAGGGAACGCAACCGCAUCAACUCUCCCCAUCGCAGGCCCAUUGACAAGCAUGGACGGCAGAUAGAGAGUUCUCCAUAUGGAACCGUAUACCUGUCCCCACCUCCAGACAACAACUGGAGAAGGGAUCAUCCCCCAUGGAGUGAGGAAAAGCGGCCUGGCUUUAGAUUAAUAUCACAGCUCAACAGAACCAACUCAGACUCUGCUCUUCAUACAAGUGCGAUGAACCCAAACCCACAGGACCCCUUCAGCAUGAACCAGCAGAUGGGUCAUGGUCCCCCACAGCGCAAUGGUUGGCAUACAGCUAGUGUAAACGAGGCAGAGGUGGAUGGGUCUGGAGACAUCUUUUCUUUCCCUGCCCUACCUAAUGAGGAGGGUCUCAUAGGUGUCAGUAAACCCCUCCCCAAGCAGCUGUGGGAAGCCAAGAAGGUCCAGACUCUUGCAUCAAGGCCAAAAUCAUGUGAAGUGCCUGGGAUCAAUAUUUUCCCAUCUCCGGAGCCAAACCCUGGACUCUCCCACUACCAGGGCUCAUUAAAUACAGGAGGCUCCCUACCCGAUCUCACCAACCUACACUUCCCGUCCCCUCUUUCAACUCCCUUGGACCCAGAAGACAACGGCGGCUACCCCAAUCUCAGCGGAGGUAGCAGCACUGGGAAUUUGCCGGCUGCCAUGAUGCACCUUGGCAUUAGCAAUUCGCAGGGCCUCUCCUCUUCUCUGAGUAAUCCCACAAUUCAAGCUUCCCUCAACAACUGCCAGCUGCAGUCUUCCCUCAGCAAUCCCUCCAUAAAUUCCUCUCUGCGUCUUUCUGGUAACUCCCCUCGGCGAAGACCAGCACCCAUCAGCCCCCUCACCCUAUCUCCUGGUGCUGAGCAGCGUCGGGGUCUGUCGAAGCAGCUGUCUCCCACUAUGUCCCCGUCAUUGUCUCCCAUCACACAGGGAGUUGCUUUAGAUACCAGCAACAUGCCAAGGGAGCCACCUCCUCCCUAUCCACUCUACCAGCAAUCCCAGCAUGCAGUGGACCAGGCACAUCAGUGCCAGCAGCAGCAUCAGCCUGUUUCUACUCUGGACUUCAACCCAAGCCAACACAACAAUUUUGCACCGCUCUUCAGUGACUCAUUCAUGGAGCAACAGUUCUCCAGUCGCCACAACAAAACCCUCCCGUACCAGUCGGACCAGUUCAGUAUGUUGGAAAAUGCGAUGAACUCCACAGGGGGUGGCUCUUUCUUCGACCCUUCCCUGUCCUCUCUGUACUCCUCUCAGUCAGCCCUCGCAGGGCUGGGGGGCAGCCAUGGCAACCUGCAUGAGCCCAGGCACAUGGCUUCUAGCAUGCUGUACUCUAACUGCAGCGGAGGGCUGCCCAACAUCAUUCUUACUGGCAUGAACCAGUGGGCAUUGGUGCCAAAUCCCAUGACUGAUGAGUCCAACCCCAGUCUGUCAAAAGACAUCAGCGGUGUUCUCUCGACGGUGCCAGAGUGUUUCGACUCAGAGGGAGGCUUCCCGCUGGAAGAUGAGCUGCACAUAGAGCCCCUCAGCCUGGACGGUCUGAGCAUGCUCAGCGAUCCCGACAUGGUACUGCCAGACCCAUCUGUGGAGGAUACCUUCCGCAGUGACAGACUCUGAAUGGGACAUUUUUAUCACCCUUUCAUCAAUACACACACACACACACACACAUACACACACACAGUCACAUUUGCAGUAUAAAGAGCAAAGUGCAUGAAUCUGAAUAUGCAUGUGUUCGAUCGGGCGAUGGUGCAUGCAUUGACUGCCACUAAAAAUCAUGAAAUGUGAAUGAUGUGGACACAGUACACGCAGACAUGAACACACACACGCACACACAUGUUUUGAGGAAGUUGGAUGUUAAAGAAACCUGGUUUAUGCCUGCUCCAUGCAAAGGCAUCCUCACACUUGCUUCAGCUCAUGUUUGUCAUUUGUGGUCAUGGGAGUCAUCCUCUAGGCUGCCCUGCCCACUGGAAUCAAAAAGUCCUGAGCCAAACAUAUGAGCUGAUCUAUUGAGGAGUGUGGGCCAUCCUUCUGUCACCCUUCUCAGCUAACCCUCGUCGCCAUGACAGCAACGCUGCCAAGGUUACAUACCAUGGCAAUCCCAAGAACGAUGCCAACACCCAAUUGACUUUUUUUUUCACUGCUCCCGUAAGUGAGUGAAUGUCAGAUGAGAGGUUCUUUGCUGGAGCGGUGGCAUGUGACCGAGGUAAACAUCCGCUUCCCUCUAGCUGAAGUAUCAAACUGCUUCACGCUCUCGAACAAUCGUAUAAGGAAAAAGAAUAGGAGCAUCGGAGGUGUCAGUUGGAAUCGAGAACAGAUUCCUUCGGAGGUGUUUGCCACAGAGAUCGACUAAUAUACGAAGUUGCAAUUUUUGUAUGAUUCGAAUGUACUACAAAACAAAAAGGGCAAACUGUUUACAAAGAUAUUAUUUUGAGUACGUGUUACAAAAGAAUACAAAUGUUUGGAUUUAUAACUAAGAGCUCAAAUUCUCAUAUGUGCUGCAAAAAAAAAAAAAAAAAGGCUCAAUGUCCCCUCAGCAGGGACAUGUUGUAUGCAUCAAUUUUAAAAGAUGAAAAUAACAUUGACAUGUUUUUCUAUUAUUACUACAUCCGUGUAUUGUAUUUGAAGUUUUGUACCAACUUGUACUGGCGCUUGCACUGGGCUUCAAUGUUGUGAGAAAGGGCAUGCGCUGUACUGCUGUGCAUCACUUGGGACAAAGUGGCUGAGUGCAGACGACGCACGUGGACACGGGACAACAUGGAACAUUGCACUUCAUGUCUUUUGCACUGAUUGGCACAUGGAGUCUUAAUCCGCACGAAUGUUUUUUUUUUUUUUUUUUUUUAAUCACGACAACCCAAAGAAGUUGAAUGAAGCCAUGAUGAAGAAGAUGACACUUGUGUAAAUUAAUUUCAUGAGAAUUUAAUAGAUACUUUUGAAAUCAUUUCGGGCAUUGAGUGCCCCUGUUGCCUGUUUCACUGAAAGUCAGGGACUGCAAUUCAAAUAGCUAUAUUUUGAAUAUCGUUAACGGAAGGAUAGAGAGCAUUGUUCUGGUUUUGCUCUUUUAGCUAUGCAAUUGUUUUGUUUUCAACCCCUCGCCACCACCUGUUGAACAGGUGCUUCAUGUACGCUAUGCAGUGUAGCUAACCCUGCGGGUUUUUUUUUUUUUUUUAUGGGCAGUACAUAUUGUGAAGUCACAAUAUUACCUGUGUCCGGUGUCCACGGUGUUUCUCGGUCAGUCUGCUCUUGCGGGUUGUCACCAGAUGGAGAACUGGGGUGUUUCCAGUGCCAUUAGGAACGGCACGAAAUCGAGAGCUCCCUCUUUAAGGCACUGUUUGCAUUUUACUUUUCAGUCAGGUGAUGCCCGGCGACAGAAAGGUUUCACCUUAUGAUAUCAAAAAUGAAGGGGGUGUUGGAGUUUGUUUAUCAGAGUUUAUAUUUAGUUUGAGCUUAUAGACAUUUGUGCUGGCUAUGUUGUAAACACCAUUAGACAGUGGGAUCACUGCGAGUGAUGGAGCCACUUUUCUGUUUAUUUUUCCUUAUGUCUAAAUGCAUCUAAAGUGAAUUUAUGUCUGUCCCCCUCCCCGUUUCCGGGGUUCUCUCUUGCUGUCUCUCAAUGCCUACCUUCUGCUGCCUUAAAUGUGUAUUUGUACUUUUUAUAUUCCAGCUAGCCACCGCUUCUCUAUACUUGUAUCAGCUGCCUGUGGUUCUUUUCUGUCAAUUUAGUAUCCAUUUUUUUGGAGUGUGUCUUACUUUUUAGCCACAUAUGUACAGUUCUGUUAUUUAAAGAAAUGUCCACUCGUGUUACUACUUCUUUUGUCAUUUGAUCUGCGUCUUUAUGGUUCCUCACAUAAAAGUAAACUGUCUUGGUUUUUAAUAUGUGUUUAGUGCUUACCCUUUUGGUUUAAUAUAAACAAUAAAAGUCAUAACUGUACAUUAAGAUUGA